GCUGUGAACGAGUGUCUGUGCAGAAUGGAUUUUAUUUUGGUUCAGCAGACAGCGUGCGGGAGCAGCAGCUUUGUAGACGAUUCCCGCUCCUUUUGGAUUAUCUCAGAAAUUGCCGAUGUUGUGACAACCAGAAAAGGCAGAACCCAGAAAGGAAGAUGAACUUUGAUUCUCUCGAGGGAUCCAUCCAAAACCUUCUGUCUGUGCUGUUCCCGCCCUUUGAGGCCACCGCCCCCACGCUUCUCAGCCAGCUCUUCCAAGUCAUCGACAAUCAUUAUCAGGGAGACGCCCUUCGGUGCUUGCUGGACUUUCUGGUCCCAGCCAAGCACAUCUUAGACACCGUGCAGCAGGCUGCAUGUGCUCCAUACUCUGGUGUUCUUUUCGUCUAUGAGGGCUGGCCUCUGUGCUUAUGUGACCAAGUUGUCGUCCAUCUUGCUCCCAUCGACCCAGUGCUACUUCAGCCGGGUGAUUUUUAUCUCCAGGUGGCACCAUUCUGUGACCAAUCAGCUCGCAUCGUGGUUUGCAGCCUCCUGGAAGACGAGGACUUAUUGGAGGAAUUAGUAGAGGAAACCCCAAUUCCUGAAACUUCCUAUCCUUGCAUAUUCAGCCUCGACUGGUUAGAUGAGCUCAACAACGGCCGCCAGGGAACGCCUCUCAGCCGAUGCCUGCUUGCCACAGAGCAGGGCGUGGUGAGGUUACCAUGGGAACGGGUGGCCGUGCCUGAAUUUGCCGACAGGCCACACAGUGCUAGGAGUAGUAUGGCCUCUGCUCCUCGCUCAUAUCCUGCUUUGCCAUCUCCGCUUCCUCUCCUUUCACCUCUUCCUAAUUCUUCAUCUAAUCAAUCUUUACCACUUAUUCCUUCAAAGGAAUCUGCACUCAAACUGCUUCCUCUAACCAUUCAAAAUUCAGUUUUAACAUCUUCUUCACAUCCCUCUCCCUUCUCCGUGGAGACCAGAAUAUGUCCAGCAAAGCACGGUAUUGCUGUGUCGCUUUGCUUGGUUGAUGUUAGUGCUGCUUCUUCGUCAAGGCUGAUCAGAGUUACAGAGACUGAAUCAGAGCCUAAGCCUUUAGGUUGGGUGUCCCCUAACACGUGGGAUAGCCGCUUUACUGGGAAAGGUACAAGCACAAGACCAAGCACUGUUUCAGAUACGUGGACCCCUACGAAUACUGAUCUAAUUGUAUGCAAAGGUCAAGAUAAGGGUGCUGAAAUCACAGCGCAAGAUAAAGGUAAAGAUAGAAACCUUCAAGAUACCAGUAGAGGUGAGCCAGCACCCAUUGUUGGUGCAGAAGGGGAAUAUAUUGAUAUCCUUCAAGCCACUAUGCUUUUCGGUAGAGCUCAGUCAAUUAAAGAAGAAAAACAAAAAUCAGAGGCACAAAUCCAACCACAUGCACAAAUUCAGGGACAAAUGCAGAGAUAUCUGCAGAGACCUGCACAAAUCCAGCCACAGGAUUCACACAGGCAAACACAAGGGCAGACGGCAACACGGAUGCCACCUCCCACACAGUGGCAAGCACCAGUGCAGCUACCUGCAAAACCUCAAACGCAAAGUCAUCUUAGACCCAACGAGUCUGCAGAAAAAGGACCUCCAUCCACUUUCAGUCCUUCCCAGCCUCACCACCCUCACUCUGACUUCACUGAUCCCUCUGAGUGUAUCCGGACUGUGCAUUUCUCAGAGAAACCCUGUACUCCAUGCAUGAGAAGAAAACAGGGCGGAAAGGUUUCCAGGGCUCAGGAGCUGAGGUGUCGAUACAGGGACUCCUACCAGGCUGCGCUGCAAAAUCCCGUCACAUUUGGAAAGGAGAAAGAGAAAGGAGCUGCAUUAGCUGUGGUGGAGGAGGAUGGUGAUUUCUCACUGUGUAAAAACAGACAGGGGCCACUUGAGAAUGAAACAAGGGAUCUGUGUUUUAAUUUUCAAAGAAUGUAUGGUGACUCUGGGAUGCAAAACCACCGUCCUCAAGCUGUUUGUAAGGAGUCGGGAGAAUAUGACACAGCUCCGUAUUGGAAACCAGGAGAUAUAAACAUCACCCCCUGUAUGGAUUACAGGGGAAUAAAUGCUUGUCACUUUGGUGAGCUACCAGAGCAGACAUAUGAUAGGACCACAGUGCCAUUUAGGGAACCACUGGAUGUAAACUCUGCCUAUGGCAGUACACACAAUGUGAAUGGAACAAAUUCAACAGUAGAAACACAGAUGACUAACGCUAAAGCUCAGUCGAGCUCAAAUGGACAGUCACGUGUCUCCACCAAACACCACGGAUUACUAUUUAGUUCGAAUGAAAUUUCUGGGAAGCACGUGACCCUCAAACCCUGCGAGCAGCUGCCAAACAGAACAAGUUCUGCGGGGAGCCCUUUCACAGCAUCACAAAACACACAAGUAUGCACAUCGAAUAAAAGGUGUUCAUCCCUCUCCACUGCUGUUGUGGACACCUCAGAGAAGUGUGAACUGGUUAUCGUCGAUGGUAAAAAUGUCAGGAGGAAAGAAAAUAGCAACUCCUGUGCAGAGAUUCCCCAGCUGCAUGUGGUUAAAUGUAAAAACAGCACCGCCUUCAGAUUAGUUUCACCAAAGAUCAACAGGAGGAACAUGGCUGUUCUAGAUGGUGAUCAGCCUGGCAGCGCUUCCAUAACUAGUAGAAACAGCCAGCAAACACAGAAACCAUCACAGACAGAUACACCUCUAGUGGCAGGGACACAGAAGACCUCCCGGCCUCCCUCUGUUCGUCCUAGACCUGACCACUUACCUCUAGGAUCUCCAGACCCCGGAGCCCACCCCCUCUAUCUGGGAGUAGCAUCACUUACAGGCGGCAGAGACAGGACGGGCAGGGCAGUAGUUGAACUGUAUGGUGACCACCCGGGAUGGCGAACAGCUGUAACAAGCCAGGAGAUCUUCCAGAUGCUGCUCUACUUCCACUCUAUUACCAGGACAGAAAUCAGAGACAGUGGGAUGACACUAGUGUUCGAUGCGAGGAAAACUAAUCCUCAGCCGCACCUCUAUAAAGCUUUGAUGACUCUUCAGGAGCAGCGCCCUCAAGCAGUGAGCAGUUUGGUUAUGCUGGUGGACAAAGAGAACAACUUCAGACCAGAAAGGUGUCCAGGGAUACAGACUGAUAUAGUGACAUCAGUUAAAUCGUUGCUGAAGCUGGUGGAGGUGAGUCAGCUGAGUUCACACCUGGAUGGGACACUGUCUCGUGGUAACGUUGACUGGAAGGAGCUACAUCAGAAACUCUUCCCAUUUGUCUACGAUCUGCAUGUGGCCUCCAGCCUGCUCCUGAGAGCCAUCAGCAAGCUCGAGGAGCCCCGCAGGACAGAUACUGUACAGGGUGUGCAGCAGUGCAUGAUAGACCAGAGGACUCUGAUGAGGGAUGUUCUGGAGGACAGCCGAUUGGUCAGCCUGCAGAGAGAGGGUGGAGCUAUCCUGGCUAGGCUAAGGAAGCAGAGCGACCUCAAAUACCCCCACUGUGAGGACUUUAGUGAUGCAGUGGACUCAGUGACAGGUCUGUACAACCACGUUGAGGAGCAGGCUCACGUCCUCGUGCAGCGGUCCAACGUGUCGCUGGAGCACCUGGAGUACCUGCUCCAACUCAGAGAGAUGGAGGGGCACUUCACACAGAUUCAGCAGUGGUUUAAUGAGGAGGGAGAGCACCAUUUGUUGGAGGCAGAGUCAGUGGAGGACUCUGGAGACAGAAUGGAGCAGAUCCUCAACAUCUUCACUGGUUUCCUAAUUGAAGCUAAUGACCGACGGCACCACGCCAUGUCUUUGGUGUCAGAGGCCGAGCGGCUUCAGCAGAGAGGGAUCUCCUACCCAGAGACUGAGGCGUUCAGGGAUUUUGUCUGUACCUUCAAGUCAGGCCUGGAGGACUUCCUAUGCCGAGCAGAGGCGUGUGGCAGAGAGCUGCAGAUCAUGGUCAACGUGUGCGAUUUUUGUGAGCAGGCUACAGCACUGUCCAGUGAAUGCAUUGAUUACCUGGACCAGUGUCAGUCCAGAAUCCAUGCAGUGCAGGACCUUGAAAGCGCCUCACAGGUUAAACAAAGAGACACUCUGCUCCAAAACCAAGACUCUAGUCCAAACAUUGCAUCCCUUUGUCAGUUUGACAUCCAUACAGAGCAAGGCUCACAUCCAACCACCACCGGUGUUUCCCCCUCAUGCACCGACAGCUCCAUCCUCCAGGCUUUCCAUGACAGGUUCCAACAGUUCAGCCCGGAGAAAUUCCAGGAGGUAAAGGCACAGGCCAGCUUCCUGCAGGGCUCCCGGGGGAUGCGUGUCUGGAACUUUGCCUGGCUGAGAAGUCAGGAAGCCCGGCAACAGCUUCAGGAGAGGAUGCAGAAUGUGGAUGAGGUUUAUCACCAGCAACCAGAUUCUAGCAGCUGGUGUGAAGGUCAUUUUGUUGACGUGGUGAGCACUAAUGUUCAGACAGCUUCUCCCGGCAGCCAUAAUUUGGUGGUACAAUCAACCCCUGGGCCUCGGCAUCCGCAGUGGGAAAGCAUCAUGUCAGGAGCGGUGGAUUUAGGAAAGAGAAGACCGAUCCUGGGCAACAACUGCGCUAAUUCAACAGCUGUAGCCUGCUGUAACAUCAUCGUUAAACCUGAGGAUUACAGUGAGGCUGGAAUUUACCAGGGGUCAAAGGUCGCUCCACAAUCUCCUCAUAGGUCAGAAAGGAGAACAGAAAGAGAGGUGAAGAGGAGACAAAUAAGCAGAGCUAGAAGCGAGAGAGACACUGCCGCUCUGUCUCAAUCCCACACUGUCGGCUGCCAAUGGUUUCCAUGGGGACGGGGUUUUGGGGUGAGGUCAGCGAGUCAGGACUCAUGUACCACACGAGUGGCAAAAGCAGGAUCAUCUACUCCUCCAGAGCAGCGAGUUCGAACCCCAUCAUCUUGUUCCCACCAUGGUCAGCCGUCUUGUCGAAUCCUCCAAGAAGCCCAGAAGUUUCAGAUCUCCCGCCAUGGGAGCUUCUGCUCAGAAGACUCCUGCAUGAGCGACCACGGGACUGUGGGGGGUAAAGGGACUUCAUGCUGCAAACACUCCAGCCUGCCCACUGGGAGGAAUGAGGGGACCUGUUGUUUAGAGAGUCCACAUGGGAGUGCCAGCCGCGCCCUGAGGCUGCAGCGUGUCAUGGAGGAGUUGGUGUUCACAGAGAGGGAGUAUGUCCGCUCCUUAGGCUACAUCCUCACCCACUACCUCCCCCUAAUGGACAGACUAGACAUCCCCCAGGACCUCAGGGGCAAGCGAGGGGUCAUCUUUGGCAACCUGGAGAAGCUUUAUGAUUUCCACAGCCACUAUUUCCUGCCAGAGCUGGAGGCCUGUCCAAGGGAGCCUGCGAUGAUGGCCCGCUGCUUUCUCAGACACAGUGAGAGUUUUGGUCUAUAUGCUUUGUACAGCAAGAACAAACCUCAAUCAGAUGCCCUGAUCCUGCACCGUCCCCAUGACAUCUUCAAGAAGAAGCAGCAGGAGCUGGGAGACAUGAUGGACCUUUCAUCCUACCUUCUGCGCCCUAUCCAGAGAAUUAGCAAGUACAGCCUUCUGCUCCAGGACAUGUUAGCUUUGGCUGGCUCAUACAGGCCAAAAGAUAUAAUCCAGGAUGCACUGUGCACUUCUAAUAUAUGCGCGCAAAGCGUGUCCGGCCCAGCUGUGUAUGUGCCUGACCUGACGAGCAGUGAGAGGGAGCGGGAGAGGGCCGAGAUCCAGGCUGCCGCAGCUCUGAUUCGAUUUCAGAUGCGUCAUGGCAACGAUUUACUCACCAUGGAUGCCAUUCAGGAUUGUGAUGUGAAUUUGAAAGAACAAGGCCAGCUGAUUCGCCAGGAUGAGUUCACGGUUUUCUUCAGGAAGAAGAAAUGUGUCCGCCGCGUCUUCCUCUUUGAAGAUCUGAUUCUCUUCAGCAAGACCAAGAAGACGGACAUCGGAAACGACGUGUACAUCUACAAGCAGUCAUUCAAGACAAAUGACAUUGGGAUGACUCAUAACUCUGCUAUGAGCGCUCUGUGUUUUGAGAUCUGGUUCCGGAGGAGAAAAAGUGAGGACACCUACACUCUGAGAGCCUCAAGCGUGGAGGUGAAGAAAGCCUGGACCACAGACCUGGAGAGGAUACUCUGGGAUCAGGCUGCUCAUAGUAGAGAAAUGCGCAUGCAGGAGAGGGUAUUCAUGGGAAUGGACCGCAAGCCAUUCAUGGAUAUUCAACCCAGUGAUGCUGCAAUUUGUGACCGAGCUGUCAGCUGUGUUGUUACCGACAGAAUCCCUGUGGCGUGUUGUUCACACAGGGGUUUAGACUAUCCCCGACCUCACUCCAUUGGCUCUGGCAGCACCACCUCCACCACCCUCAGCCAAUCGUCUUCCUCAUCCGGCCGUGGCUCACUGCCCCCUGCCGGACAUCCCGGGAACCUGUCGCAGGGCGUGGAUGCCAAUCCAGCUGUCUGCUCCUCCCCUGACGCUGUGACUGACAAUGAACUCAACAAUCAUCACCUACAUCAACAUCACCUUAACUAUGAGCAGUGCAAUGAUCGCCAUCCACUGAUGGACAGCACCGAGUCUUCUGAGGAGUGCACGAAUCUCUUCAGCAGCUCGGAGCACAGCUGUCUGUCUUGCAUCAGUGGCGAAAUAGUGGACGACUCCUCCUGUGUAUCUCAGAAUUCACAGACCCACCCACAGACCUGUCGGACACCCAGCCCGAGGCGAAGCAGCUCACCGACAGCUACCAGAAAGAAGCCAGGUGUAGCUCCCAAACCUCCUCAUCUGGCUAAUUCUCAAGUGCAGGGUGAUGCACUUAUAAUUGGAAAAUCAACAGAAGUUUAAUAUUGAAUCCCCAGCAGAAGAAAGAUUGGACUUCAACUCAGGCUGGUCAGUCCUGCUGCGGUCACCCAGCAGAGAUGGAUGAACUAUCAGAAUGAAAAAUAUUAUGUGCAACCAGACUUUGUCAUUUUAGAGGCGUUUGGGGUUUGCUUUUGCAUGUGUCAUACCUCAGUCACUCAAAUGUGGUAAAUUUGAUCAUAUGAAGAAGAUAAGGCUGUGAUGCUGAUGUCACACAUUCAUCAUGAAGUGUGAAACGUAGCGCCAUCAGUGGGAGUUUUUUAAUAAACACAAUCAGAUAUGUGAUACGAGGUGUGCCUAGUCUUUUUGCCCAUCAGAGUCGUCCUAAUGCCCCCCAAUGCAGGUUUUACCUUUAUAAAGAACCAGGUAUCUGCUGUUACAGCUGUGGUGGAUUAAAACCAUAGCAAAAAUAUGCAGUUGAAUAGGAAUAAUUAUACCUGCUGCCUCACAUUAGGUCACCAAAAAUUCCAGAAAAACAUUCUCAUGUCAUGAAAUAUAACUAAUAUAUAUUUUAAAGUGUGAUUUGUCUUUUCUGCUGAUGUCUGGAGGCUGUGUUAUAAAAGAGCCCCUUGGGGUGACCAGAUAGCAAGGAGGCAUUCUAUGACUGCAUACUUUUUAAAAUAUGAUUUGUAUGAUCUUCUAUCCUGUACAGCUUGUACAAUUGUUGAUUAACAGGGAUCACAGAGAUAAUGUUUUAUUUAUGGCUGUCUUGAAAGGUAGCAGCUCAUGUGAGACAAACACCAGAGCAGCAUGUAUAAACCACUCCAAUCUAGAGUAUUUAAUGCUUUUUUUUUUUCUUUUGUCAAAGUCAAAGCAUUGCUUAGGAAGUAAAUCGCAAUCAUGUAUUUUUGCCAGCUUAACCACAUUGUUCUGCCAAUACGCUCGCACAGAGCCCAGUACUACUUGGAAACUCAGGCUUAACAUGAAUGGGGAUAAACUGAGAAAUGUGGAUACUGUAUGGAUUGAAAUAUAAAAUUAAUUUAAUUAAUCUACAGUAAAUAACACUCGUAAAUACAUUUCUGUUUCUUCUGUACUGUAACCUUUUGAGGGUCCUUUUACUGCCACUGUAUUUUUAAACUGAUGCUUUUUACCUGUAUGCCUCUAAGUUUCUUAGUAAUCCUCCACCCACCGAUGUAUCUGUACGGAGAGACUAGUCACUCGUGUGUUUUCAUAUCUUGAUUUAAAUGACUGUGUGUGUGCAGGGAAGCAAGAAAAGCUACUUCAUAAUAAGCAGUGAAUAGAAUAAGGCCUUAAUCUUGCAAGCAGAAACCACUUACCGUCUAGGGUCCACUAAGCGUUACAUCUGCUCCAUGUACCAAGUUUCUCUUUAUGAAAACGACCAUUAAAACACAUUUUUAAAUGUGUUUUCUUUAAAGGUA